AUGGAAGAGGAUAUCAAAGCGGAACAAUUCCAUCAACCGAGUCCCAUCAGGGAUAUCUCAGAGCACGCAGACACCUCCGCGCAGUCGUCGGCCAAAGGCAAAAACAAGAGCAAAGAGAAGGAUCUUGGUGGUGCUGCGGCGAAAAGGCGAUGCGUGAGCACGGCUUGCAUAGCUUGUCGUAAAAGGAAGAGCAAGUGUGAUGGCAACUUGCCCAAAUGUGCUGCUUGUGCAUCAGUUUACUUGACUGAAUGUGAAUAUGCCCCGCACACCGACCACCGGCGCAAAGGGGUUUACAAAAAGGAUGUGGAUGCUACCAAGACCAAGAACUCUACCCUCCAGAUACUCAUACAAGCUAUUCUCAAUGCUGAAGAGGAGGAUGUCAUGGAUUUAGUCCGCCAGAUACGGACAACCGACAACCUGGAGGAACUUGCGGCUGCGAUAGACGCUCAGGAGAAAGGCCUUAUCGAGGGCCCUGACGACUCCCCAGUGUAUGAGGGUGAACUUGGCAUACCCAAAUUCGAAGCUGAGCUCUCUGGGAAAAUGGGCGACCUGAUGCUGGAUGGAUCCGUCAAAUUCAUUGGAGGAACGUCGAACCUGAUCUGGCUUCCCGAGGAAUAUGAUCAUCGGGGUACACAAAACUCACCAACUUUCCAGAGGGUCGUGGUACGGCCUCACGAAGAGGCCGUUCUCUCAUGGACGACUGUCACCCAGGACAAAGAAGCUAUCCUCCAUUUUAUGAAUAUGUACUUUUGCUGGCACUACGCCUUUUUCACGACCCUGGCCAAGGAACUUUUCUACCGAGAUUUUCUGUCUGGAACAUCAUCACAGUACUGCUCCCGUCUGCUUGUCAACGUCAUGCUAGCGCUUGGUUGCCACUUCUCAUCCCGACCUGCAGCAAGAGCAGAGCCAGCGGAUUCUGGGACCACUGGUGACCACUUCUUUGCAGAAGCUAAAAGGCUUCUCUACGAGAACGACGAGUUUGCCAAUGCGAAACUCUGCACGGUCCAGGCUCUAGCUUUAAUGUCCGUGAGGGAAGCCGGCUGCGGCCAUGAAAGCAAGGGCUGGGUAUACAGUGGCAUGAGUUUCCGAAUGGCUUGUGAUCUCGGAUUGAAUGUGGAUACGGUGCCUAUUAAUGAAAUGUCACGUUUGACGGAUGAGGAUAUCGAUGCACGACGAAUCACAUUCUGGGGUUGUUUCCUCUUCGACAAGUGCUGGUCCAACUACCUCGGACGGCAACCUCAACUUCAAAUGCCCAAUAUCACAGUAAAGAAGCCCGACGUCUUCCCAUCAGAAGAAAGUGAAAUGUGGUCGCCAUACACGGACUCGGGCAUCAUUCAGGCCCAUGCGCAACCGGCGCGCACCAGAGCUGUUGCGUUACAACUGUCCAAACUGGCAGAAAUAUCCAGUGAUCUCCUGACAUCAUUUUAUAACCCGCAGCUGCUGGACAAACCUCCCCCGAGACAAACAGAACUCAAACGUCUGAGUGACCUUCAUACUAGGCUGGAAGCGUGGAAGCAAGGAUUACCAGCUGAACUGGAACCCAAAGAGGGGCAACUUCCUCAAGUCCUGCUGAUGCAUAUGUUUUUCCAACUCUUAUAUAUCCACCUUUAUCGGCCGUUCCUGAAGUACACUCGAACGACCUCACCACUUCCAGCACAUGUGUCUCCAAGAAAGUAUUGUACACAGGGAGCCGCAGCCAUCUCGAAGCUUUUCCGGCUCUACAAGCGGACACACGGCCUUCGGCAGAUAUGCAACAUCGCAAUCUAUAUUGUACAUUCAGCUUGUACGAUUCAUCUGCUGAAUCUACCAGACAAGAAUGCUCGGAGAGAUAUCAUUCAUGGUGUCAAACACCUCGAGGAAAUGGGAGAAUUUUGGACAGCCGCCCGUCGAACUCUUAGAGUUCUGCAUCUAUGCGCCGACAGGUGGAGCAUUGAAAUGCCUGAGGAGGCAGAAAUGGUAUAUACGAGGAUUAGAGCUAAGUGGGGACUCACAGGGAGUGCACCUUCGCCGGUAUCGCCAGAAUCUCUAGCAAACAUCGCUCAGCAAAUCGCAUCUCAGCCUGUGCCUGACUUGAUGGCGAAGAAUGUUCAACAGCAACGGCAGUCGCAGGCUCUGCGUCAGGGUUCAAUGUCUCAGUAUGCAGGCGGACUCUCAGCGGCCAUGGCCGCCUCACCAGCAGAAACAAUUGAUUCUCGACGCACGUCAGGAGGGCUAUCUCUCCCCCCACAGUCUGCCGCCGAUCUUUCGCGAGACUCUCACCGAGUCCGGCCUUCAACCUACCUGACCAAAGCGCAACAAGAUGCGUGGAACGCACACCAAGCCCGAAUUGCAGCUAAUGCAGCUGCGACGUCCUCGAGCAACGCAGGCGCUCGUGGCGAGCAAAAUGCUGCUAGACUGUUUGGUGGCGUGGAAAGUCUGAUUGAAGAAACGCAAGACUGGUUCUUCAAAGAUCAGAAUCAAUUGGCGAUGGGCUUCGAGAACUGGGGAUCCGAGCCGCCCGACUGGGGAACACUAGAUCUGAGCUUCUUCGACACGCCAGAAUCAGGAAGUACUAAUGACAAUACGAAUGGCAACUCACCGUCCCACAGCGGGCUACAAUACUCGUAUGAUUCGAUGGGAGGAGCAGCCAACACGGGUGGCGUGGGAACCAAGAAUGGAUAUGGAUAUGGGUACAACGGAGACACGUAUCCAACAACAACCGGCACGGAUAUCAAUGGCUUGACCACGAACGGAACGCAUGGAAUGAACAAUUUAAUGGGGCCAGGUAUGGGCUUGCGGUUAGGAAUGAAUAUGAGUGCGAACGGAGCCGGUUCAAUGGGGAGCGGCAUGAGAAAUGAGGGUGUGGGCGGGCCUGUCACUUCUAAGCGCUCUUCUCGAAAUCUGGGAUUCGAUGAAGAGGUAUAUUUUUGA